UCAAUUAAUGAUCUUAAAAUAUAAUUAUCGGCAUUGUAGCCCUGAGACAUAUGCACGUGCUAAUUUUACAGUCUCUCCUGAAGCAUAUAACCACAUUUUAGAUUACAAUUGGUUUACCUUAGACAAGGAAAAGGAAUACCAAAUUUAUACAUUCAUCCCUUUUUCGAUAGAAGAAGCUUACAUUGAAAAAGAUUCCUUUGAAUUAAGAUUAAAGACAUGCCUGAAACAUCAUCAACGUCUUAUUUUAAAUGUUGAUGAGUUAAAUGCCACAUUUAGUGCUGUAUUGUUUGGAAUGAUAUCUGCUACCUUCUGUCUAGUUUGUCUCAAUCUCUUUUUAGCUGUUUUGUUUAUGAACGAUGAAGUUAAGUUUGUCCGAUACUUGGUCAUGGUGGGUGUUGGCUUACUUCAUCUUCUAUUUUGGUGUCUUUUCAGUAACGAAUUAAUGAAACAAGGAGACUCUAUAUACAAAAGUGUAUAUGACUCUAAAUGGGAAAAACAUUUAAAUAAUUUCGAAAUUAAAAUAAAUAUUCUAAAUGCUUUACUCAUGGGACUUAAACCAUUAAGACUUACAGCUGGAAUCUUUUUCACUUUUUCAAUGGAUACUUGGCUUUCGGUCGUACAGAAGUCAUAUUCAUUCUUUGCAAUCCUGAAUACUGUAAUGGACAAAGUAGAAUACAAUGCAUAAAAUGAUGAAUUGAUUCUUUACCGUGUUUAUACAGGAUAUGAUAUUGAUA